GCCAAGGCUAGGCUGACUUCUUAUAGGUCGUCAGGAGGCAAAUGGCUGACACAUUUUCCUCACCCCCUCUUUUUACCGCCGCCCAGACAAGCUUCACGAACGAGCAUGGAUGUAGGGACAGUUGCGACAACCAGCGGCACCAGCGCUGAUGGUCUUCGCCCACUCUCCCCGAGUCGUGAAUCGGACGUUACUUUCGCACCUACAGUACCACCAAUGGAGCCAGCAGGACAUCGUGUCCCCGUGUUCACUGCCAGCGUCUUCGAUAAAACUCCGAGUGCCGCGGCGUCACUCAAACAGUACCUGCGCAUCAUGGUCGCCGGUGUCCUUGCGAUCUCGUUUAUCAUCUUUGGCGUUUUCUCCAUCUACUGGGGCAGCGUGUGGUCUACGCCUCGCUAUGCAGUCGACGGCUGGAUUGUCGACUUUGACGGCGGACAAAUUGGAGCGGCCGUCUCGUCCGCGAUCAGUUCUAUCCCUUCUGGACGCGGUAUCGCUUGGAAGAUUCUACCCGCGGCUCAAUUUCCCGGUGGCGUAGCCGAUUUGGAAGCAGCUGUGAAACAGGAGAAGAUGUUUUAUGGGCUCGCUAUCAAUGCGGGCGCUACGGCGAACUACACCUCUGCGCUGGCGAGUGCGAGUGCGUCCUAUGACGGCAGCAAUGCUAUCUGGUUCAUUGGUGCCGAGGCGAGAAAUCAGAAUGUCUAUCCGAUCCACCUGCAGAUCAUGACCGGCGAGCUCUCGUCUCUGACCCAACGCAUGGCAAGGCAGAUGGCGAAUAACUUGACUCGGAACGGAAACAUCAACACGAUCCUCACCAGCGCCCCUCAGCUGGUGACUGAUCCUGUCGGCUAUACCGUCGACAACGUCAUUCCGUUCGAUAUACCGGUGGCCACGGCAGUCACUUUUGUUGGCCUGAUCUAUCUGCUGAUUCUUUCUUUCUUCGUCGUCGUCAUGUCCGCAGGAGCUCGUACUGCUGCCGGCUACGAACAGACUCUCAAGCUCCGAUCUAUUGUUUUAUUGCGUUUUGCCUCGUCUUUCGUUUCCUACUUCUUCAUCUCCUUAUUUUACACUCUACUUAGUCGUGCGUUCCAAGUGUCCUAUUCACGGCAUUUCGGACAAGCCGGAUUUGUGAUCUUCUGGUUCCUCAACUGGAUGUCCAUGUGCGCCACGGGCCUCGCGCUCGAGGCCAUGAUCACUCUUCUGACCAUUCAGUUCAUUCCAUUCUUCCUACUCCUCUGGAUCAUCUCCAACGUUUCUACGUGUGUCUUUCCGAUCGAGAUUUUGCCGCAUGUGUAUCGGUACGGAUACGCAUGGCCGUUCUAUAAUGUCGAAAAGGCCGUUCGGGCUAUUAUUUUCGGCACGAAGAACGACAUUGGCUUAAAUUUCGGAGUUCUCCUUGCAUGGAUUGCGGUUUCUUUGAUCACGAUGCCGCUGUUCCAAUUCUUGGCGCGCAGGAGGGCUUUCAAAGCGGCCGCCAUCGCAACGGCGGAUGGACCCUCUGAAAAAUCUUGAACCCUGCGGCUCGAUAGACGUAGGACACCUCUAGAUUUUCCUAAUGCGUAUCUGCCAGUGUAAUCAAGCUGUUCAGGACUCGUGUACAAUACUUGUAUGACUGACUAUAAUGCUGUAUGAGUUGCACAUACCGCAGAAGCGGUUCGUUGAGUGAGAAUGUCUGUUAUCUCAUCGACCUAUUCUUC